GAAAGGGAGUCGGAGGAGGAGGAGGAGGAGUUGGAGUUGGAGUUGGAGGUUCGCCUUCCUUCCGCAGCCACUCACUCUCGGUCUCGCUUUCGUUUCAAGGGAAUAACAGGGCCGGGCUCCCACACACACCUGGCAUGGACCCAACAGCCUAGUGAUCUCAGCAAACUGGCAGCAGGACGUCUCUUCACGCACGAGCUCCUUGUGCUCAAACCUUCCCCUCCGUUGUAAAGGUGAUGGCGAGGUCUCUGCGUCCUCUCCAUCUCCUGCUGGUGCUGCUGCUCUGCGUUCUCGGCUGCAGCCACGCCGGGCCCGGGAAGGCGGUGUGCCGCGUGGUCCGGCUCACGGCCGACUGCAGCCACCUGAGCCUGGAGGAGGUUCCCGCCGACCUCCCCGCCAACAUCACGGCACUGGACGUGUCCCACAACCGGCUGCGCAAGCUGCCCCCCGUGGUCCUGGGCCGGUACCCCCAGCUGCAGCUGCUCCAGGCUGGAUACAACAGCAUCCAGGCACUGGAGGCGGAUCUGUGCCGAAUGCUGCCCCUCCUCCGGAAGCUCCGCGUCCAACACAACGUGAUCCACCUGCUGAAGGAGGCGAACCUGGUCCACUGCUCCGGGCUGACGGAGCUCAACCUGGCGUCCAACCGGCUGAAAUUGCUCGGCGACCCCUUCCUGCCUCUCAAGAGCCUGGUGUCGCUGGACGUAUCCGCCAACGGCCUGAGCUCGGCCCGGCUGGGCACGCAGCCACAGAUGGGCGGCCUGAGGGAGCUCUCGCUGUCGGGCAACAAGAUGUCCACUCUCCAGAAGGACGACUUCUCCUGCCUCUGCAACUCCUCUGUCCAGGUGCUCCGCCUGGGCUCGCUGCCUCUCAAAAAUCUGGAGCCGGGCUGCCUGAAGCCGUUGGAGGGUCUCCGCGAGCUGGUCCUGGAUGGCACCAAGCUGGGGCCCAACCUCACGGACCAACUGUGCCAGGAACUUAAGGGUUCCGCCAUUGACCGCCUGUCACUGCGUGAUGUCCAUCUGACCUCCGUCCUCCACACCACCUUCAUGGGGCUGGCGGACACCAACAUCACUGCUGUGGACCUUUCCCGGAAUGAGAUGAGCUCGAUGGCCAACGGCUCGCUGCGCUGGCUCCGCACCCUGAAACUCCUGUCCAUGGAGGAGAACAACUUCCGACAACUCACCAGGGAAAUGUUUGUAGGCUUAGACAGUCUGAGGUCCCUGGUCCUACGAAAUGCACUGGCCAAGAGCCGCUCUUGGUACGCCGUCAUUGAGGACUACGCCUUCUCCCCGCUGCGGUGCCUGGAGUCCCUCUUUCUAGACCGAACGACUUUCCGGGGGCUCACGGCGCAGACCUUCUCUGGCCUGGUCAGCCUGCAAUACCUGAACCUGAGCUGGAGCAAGUUUGACUUGAAGAUCGUGACCAACGAGAGCUUUGCCUCGCUGUCCAACUCGCCGCUCCGCACGCUCAACCUGACGGAAACGGGCAUCACGCGCCUGGCUGAUGGCGCUUUCGCGAGCCUCGGAAACCUCUCCACGCUGCUGCUCGGCUACAACUUCAUCUCUCAGAACCUGAGUGGAUCCGAGUUCAGGGGGCUGUCUCGCAUCCAGAAGAUCCACCUGUCCUUCAACAACCAGAAGAUUAGGCUGACGUCCUGGUCUUUCCAGCACGUUCCCACCCUGAGGACGCUGAUGCUGAGACGUGCUCUGACCGGAACCUUGGACCUGAAGCCUUCGCCAUUUCAGCCCUUGCAGGAACUUUCAGUGUUGGACCUCAGCAACAACAACAUCGCCAACAUCAACAGUGACUUGCUGAGCGGCCUGCACAACCUGCGCGUGCUCUACCUGCAGCACAACAACCUGGCUCGCAUCUGGAAGAGCGCCAACCCCGGGGGCCCCCUGCUCUUCUUGCGAGGCCUGGAAAACCUCACCGUUCUGGAGCUAGACUACAACGGGUUCGACGAGAUCCCAGCCGCAGGUCUUCAGGGUCUCCGGAAGCUGCAGGAGCUCAGCCUCGGUGGGAACAUGCUCGACUUCCUCCGCGAAGGCAUCUUCAGCGACAUGGUCUCGCUCCGCUCCCUCAACCUGCAGAAGAAUCUCAUCACGUCGGUGCAGAAGUCCGUGUUCCAGCCCGCGCUGGCGAACCUGAGCGUGCUGCACAUGGAGCGGAACCCCUUCGACUGCACCUGCGACAGCAUCCUCUGGUUCGCCGAGUGGCUCAACGGCACCGAUGCCAGCGUGCCCCAGCGGGACUCGUACGUGUGCAACACGCCCUCGGCCUACUUCAACAAGACCAUCAGCCAGUUUGAGCCGCUGUCCUGCCGCGACACGACCCCGUUCCAGGCCCUGUAUGUGUUCACCAGCACCACCGUGCUCAUCGUCAUGGCGACCGCCCUCGUCUUCCACUUCCAGGGCUGGCGGAUACAGUUCUACUGGAGCGUGCUGGUGAGUCGCACCCUUGGCUUUAGAGAGGUGGACCGCGGCGAGGAGAGGUUUCAGUAUGACGCGUACGUGAUACACGCGCAGAAGGACAGGAGGUGGGUGGAACGACAUCUGCUUUCCCUCGAGGACAAACAGCUCAGGUUUUGCCUGGAGGACCGUGACUUUGUGCCAGGCAGGACGCGACUGGAAUGCAUAGUGGACAUGAUGAGGCAGUCCAGGAAGAUAGUCUUCGUAGUCACCGAAACUCUUCUGAAUGACCCCUGGUGUACACAGUACAAGGCGCACCAUGCCAUCCAGCAGGUGAUCGAGGAGAGCCGCGACUCGGUGGUUCUCGUGUUCCUGGAGGACGUGCCGGACCACCGGCUGGUGCGUGCCCUGCUGCUGCGUCGGGGCAUGCUGCGCUCCCGCUGCCUCCUGAACUGGCCCCCUCAGAGGGAGCGACGGCCCGCCUUCCAGCAGAGCCUCUGGGUGGCGCUGGGGUCCAGCAACCGCAUACAAUAGCAGGUCUGCGGGAGGGGAGGGCAGCGGAGCGGAGCGGAGGGAAGGGAAGUACUGCUGGACCCCUGCGCUCGGUGCCCUGCUCCGGGUGCUUCAGCGCCGUGUCCGGAGUUUGAAGGAGACGUUUUGCGAUUAAGAUGAUUUCAUUCCUGUCGUUUGUUUUGCAAGAGAAUUAAAGAGCGCGACGAUGACCGCUCGUGACCACGGUGUGUUUCUUCGCUCUGUUCUGUGGGCCGAAACGGCGGACGACUCGGACAUGUUUCGAUUGAGGAAAAAAGUCUGAACCUCGGAACCUGUAACUUCUCCCUUGCGCCACCGAGUAGAGAACGAGGUAAAAAGUGCACUUGCAGAGAUGCUCUUGGACACGAGUAGACAGCUGGUGCCGUUGCUACUCCUGGCCUCUGUCGUCACCUUGCCGACAGGCCUGGCCCGGUGUUGGUUCGGCGCCUCGGCGAGCGGUGGAGGCUCCCGAAGGCCGUCCCCGGGAUA